AUGUCCAUUUUGCAAUGUUGUUGCUCGGACGAAUUUGAUUUGAAAUUUACAAUGAUUUCUAUCAAGGCAACCAUUCCCGAUAGAGUAAUAACAACUCUGAGGAAUAUUCUAACGCCGUUUCUAGACAUUAUCGAUUGUAUUCUACGCAACGAUAAAUUAACCAUCGAACAUCAGAGAAUUCUUACGAUACUAUUCAUCAGUGCAGACGAAAUAAUUAGAGAAAAAGCAGACCUCCAAUUGUUGUACGGAUACUACAAUAUAAGAAUUACUCAACAAUUGUUAAACAAAUAUCUUCAUCAUCGAAAAGACGAUGAUAUGGAUCAGCGUCUCUUGCUAGCGAUUGGUUCCUAUAUUUGGGGAUCUAUAGUACCAUGCGCAAUAUAUUUGAAGGAGUUUGUCGACGAGAGUACGGUCUACGCUAUAAUCGACGUGAUCGAUAUCGCAUCUUCUCCUGUCAGAUGUUUAUUUCUCGGUCUAUUAACAGAUAUUUGUGAAAAUAUCUUUUGUGGUCAUUAUCUAUGUACUUGGCGUGGUGUGGAUAAGAACAAAGGAUUUAUUUCCUUGCUGGCAAUGAUUUGGAGAGAAGAGGAAAGAGAAAUCGGUGUGAAGAAACGCUUGGAUGGCUCGAUCGCAGACACCGAAUUACCUCAGAUGGGUCUCAAACAAUGGUUAGGAACUUAUCAUAACAAACUUAGGCACGAAGUUAGUCCUGCGAUGAUCGACUUGAUUGGCUCGUCUAGAUCCAAGAUUUAUGCUCUUCGUCAAAUCAUCGAGAGAUAUGGAGAACAAUAUCAGAUGGCUAAAGAUCAUUACAAGAUUCUAAUCAAUGAUUUAUCCAUCGAAGAUAGCAUUACAAUGUCCACUGCGAAUCUUUACUUUCAAUUAAAAAUUGGACAGACUUGGAUCGAGAUCAUCAAGUAUUUAGCUCAGCUAGGUGUUACACCAUUAGGAAUGGACGGUCAACUUAUGUUUCUAAUGUCGCAAAGAUAUCAUUCCUGGGGUCUCUUUAUUCAGGAACGUCAAAAUAAACUUAAUGCCGCUGCUAAGAACAACGAGGAAAUCAAGGAAAAGGACGACUACGCUAGAAUUCGUGAUUCUUUGCUAGCACCAACGUUCGAUGCUCUGGACGAGAUCGAGUAUAUUCGUAGAACAACCGAUAGAUUUUACAUGUUACGAAAAAAGACUAUUCAAAAUCGACAGGUGAACACGUAUCUUAGUUUUCCUUCGAUCGCCGAUAUCAUACAGUGUCAUAGGACGUUUCAAGAUAACGUUAAUGUUACGGCAGUUUUCAAUCAGCAUCUUCAUCUUAUCGGUAAAGUUACAGUCGAUCCCGACACCGAUCUAACGCUACCCUCGCCUAUUUCUCCAGAAGAUUUGUCCUUGUGGAUGAAUUCUUCUUUCUACGACGUUUCCUUUUCAGAAGAUUUGUCUUGCGUAGAAAACUCGUCCUUUGAAAUUUCGGCUGUGGAAUGAAAGAGAAGACGGUUAAAAGCGCCCUCUACGUCAGUCGAAUUUGCAAGCUUUCUUCUUUAUCGUUAAUAAGAAAUAGCACUUUAUCGACGUAAAGAAGAUAAUAAAGUAUCAUCGCUGUUUUACCCUCCUCGUUUCGAACGUCAUAAAUUUGGAUUAGUCCCUUCGUUUGCGUUGCUCAUAAUUGAUUCGAAGAGAAUACUUCUUCUCCUACAAAUGCGGAAGCUUCGAGCAUAGCAAAUAGUAAUUAGAAACACGUGUGCCUGCGUACGUCGUUUUAUCGAUCGAAUUCCGACUUUA